GACACCGGAGUCGGGCGAUUGGACCCUGAGAUGCCGGAGGCUGGUGCCGGCGACACACGUGGGCCAGCUGCAAAAGCGGAGCCCGGGGUCGAUGCAUUGCCGGAUUGCCUCGUGCGCGGUGGGCUGGAAUGCUGUCGUUUGCGAUUGCCUCAUUGCCACUACAAUGAGAACGCCGGCUUGCCUGCCGUCGACAUGAGGCUGCCGUGGUCAGAGCAAGCAGAGGCUUGGGAGGUGUAUCUGCAGGCUCUGGCCAGCUUCCUUUCCGCUGGGCUAUCCAUGGUAGAGUUCGAGCAGCUGAGCACGGCCGAGAAAAUCGCGGCUAUUCCUGAAAACUACAUAGCCGCC